GAAACUCCUCUUGCUGUGUGGUGGCAGCCAUUUUAAUUUGGUUGCCUUCUCUCUCGACUGCUCGGAAAUAGCAACCGCUAAAGACACUGACUUUGCGUUAACAAAAGACAGUCGAGGGGAAGACAGGAGGAUCUGGAGUUUUUUGUUUCCCUUUCCUUCCAUCACCAAAUCCCGUGUCCGUUUUUUGUAAUUGUUUUGAAAAGCCCAUCCAACUUGACAGUACGUCUGUUUUGGUUUACUAUACAGACUGUUGUGCAUUUGGCUUACCCCCCUUUCCCUUACCCGGAUUAAAGGGGCCUUCUGCUCACAACUUACUUUAAGGACUUGCUGCUUAGUCUUUGGCUUAUGCCAUGAGUUGUAAAGAAGACACUGCAGAGAAGAAGGCAGUCCAUUCAUGGUCUAGAAUUUCAUCAGCGGGAGAAACUGCAUUGCUAGAAGCACUGAGGGUGUUUAGCCCAAUGUCCAAAGACCUUCUUGACACUGAAACACAGCUGGUAUCAUUUCUUCAAGGUCUAAAAGAGGAGGGCCACAAGGCAACAAUUUUAAGAAGUAAAGACGUUUAUGGUUAUGAGUCCUGCAUGGCUAAGACGCCACCACUAGAGAAGGUCUCUAAGCCUAUUGACACCAGCACCAAAGUUACAAAGGGAUUAAAGCCAGUGAAAAAGCGUGCCCGAAAAACAUCCAAGAAAAAGGAUAAAGACUGUACUGUACUAAAUUCAACUGCCGAAAUCAUUCUGAAAAGGCAGCCUAAAAUAAUGUUAACAAACCUUUCGAAGGAGUCCCUGAGACGCACCGUAGCAGUCCUUGCCAGUCAGUCAUCCUCCACGUCUUGCAUCAGAGAUGAUCAAAGAAUGCAGCCCUGCUUGAAGUUGACAAAAAUAGCAGUGCCAACAGGGAGCCCUACAGCCAAACUACAGAUACAUUCAGAUUUUGGAGCACUAGGAAUUUCCAGGCCUGGUUCCCGCAUUGUACCAGGAGAGCCAUUGGAAAAGGCACCAAAUGGACUGAAACUGGAGAGAACGAGAGUGAACUCGUGCCCAGUUAAAAUGACUGUGAAACUUGUUGGCGGCUCCCCACCAGUAUGUCAGAAUGGAAGAGUGUUGAGGGAAAGCAACAACUGCAAAACCACGUUAGUGAAAAACUGCAAAGGUUCAAGCACAGCCACUCCAAUUAGAUCAAAUGUGUGGCGAGCUAAAUCUGUGAAGGUGUUGAAUGGCCAGCAGGAACAUGAUAUCAUAAAGAGGAAACGGCCAGAAGAAUCUGCAGAAACGCACCCAAGAAAAAAGGGCAAAGCUACAGUGAUAACAGAUUAUAGUCAAGAUAAAGCAGACCUAAGCAAAAACAGCCUGAGAUCCAAGGUAAUCAAGGUAGAUGACUCUUCUUCAGAUGAAGACGUUAGACGGAAAGCCCAGAAGAUCUUGAUGGUCAACCUUUCUCCAGUAAUAGAAAUAAGACCUCUGGUAUCAUAUUCCACUUACUGAGACUCCUUGCAGGGGGAAAGCUUGUUUUCACAAAUCCCAGUGCAGGCCAGCCUCAAAAUACAAGCAAAUGACUGGUUAAGGGGAGCCAUCUUGGCUGGAUGUUUGCUUGAGUGUGACUGAGAAAGGCCAUGCUGGGGCAGCGAGAGACUUGCUUCGUGUACUCAUGGCAACUAAAAGAGGUUCUUGAAGGCAUAACAGUGGUCUCCAUAGAAGUCUGACUGAACUGCUGGAGGUCAUUUUUGUUGUGUGCAUAAAUAUAUAUAUAUAUAUUUUUCUCCUUCUAAAACUUGUUCACCCCUGCUACUUUAAAAUGGUGCAGUUUUUGCAUAGAUGUUUAGAAGACUUCAAGUGAAGUUAAAAAGUAAACCUUGGACUUUGUAAUAUAUUGCACUGUGAUCUUUUUUUUUUCCUUUUUUGAAUUCCCAUUGUAAAGGAUCAAAAUGUUGAAUGAUAGAUAAGCCAUGUCAUCUUUUUACUAUGCAGUAUCCAUUGAUAAUGUAUUUUUAAUAGGGAGCAGAAAUAUUCUUUUUUUUUAGGGUAAGAUUUCUAUUCGUAACAAGCUAUAAUUGUUUUUCCUUUCUUUUUAAGGGCGUUCCUUCUGUUGGUGCCAUCUUGGUUGAAAUCCAUAUUUAAGUGUUGUUCAUCUGUUUAAAAUGUGCCUGAAGCAUGGUGGUUAUAUACUGUAUUGAACAGUGUCAUGCUAGUUCUGGCCUGUGCUUUCUUCUCUUAGGAUUUCUUUUGUUUUUUUAUUAAUUGUGUGGAUUCAUAGAAAUUAGUUAGCCAUGAUUGAUUUAUUUUAUUUUCCACUACAGCUUAUUCCUUCUGCACAAUGUAGUAUAUUUAUGGCUCUUUAUGAGGUCUAACUGUUAUUACUUAAAUUGCAAAAGGUAGUUUAGUGCAUUUUUCAUCAGGUAAAGCAAGGUUAGUAAUAAUCUUUCUUAAAUGUAUGUAGUUAGCACUUAUUGCUUGAAAAUCAGUUAUAAAUAGUAAAUUGCAAAAUGCAAAAUUAGCUUACAGGA